CCCACUCUAAGUAAGAGGGCAGAAAUGGCAGCCAUAGCGCCUUCAGCUCCAGACAGACAGAUGGGAGAGAAGAUGGAAGGCGAUUCAAAUAAUAUGGUAGGCAGUGGUACUACUGAAACUGGUCAAAAGCAGCUGGACGCCGGAGCUCUCUUCGUUCUCAAGUCAAAAGGAUCAUGGCUUCAUUGUGGAUAUCAUCUGACGACUUCAAUAGUGGCGCCGGCGUUGCUGAGCUUGCCAUUUGCGCUGGCAAAGAUGGGAUGGGCUGGCGGCGUGGCCUUCCUCCUGCUGGCGGCUGUCGUCACAUUCUACUCCUACGUUCUCCUCUCCGUCACCCUGGAGCACCAUGCCCAGCAAGGCAAUCGCCUGCUUCGCUUUAGAGACAUGGCUCAUUACAUUCUCGGUUCUUUUUGGGGCCGUUAUUAUGUUGCUCCGAUCCAAUUUGUGCUUUGCUUCGCUGCGGUGGUAGCCGGUGUUCUGCUUGCAGGCAUAACCCUAAAGGCUGUGUACUUAUUAGAAAAGCCAGAUGGAACGAUGAAGCUGUAUGAAUUUAUAGUGUUUGGAGGAAUAUUGAUGUUGAUACUUGCACAAGUCCCAUCCUUCCAUUCCCUCAGGCACCUCAACCUCAUCUCCCUCCUUCUAUGCCUUCUUUACAGUGCAUGUGCUACAGCAAGCUCUAUCUAUAUUGGACAUUCUUCUGGUGCUCCACCAAGAGAAUACAGCAUACCUGGCUCAGGCAAAGGCAAGCUUUUUGGUGUAUUUACUGCAAUAUCAGUAAUUGCUACAACUUAUGGGAGUGGGAUUAUACCAGAAAUUCAGGCAACCCUGGCUCCACCCGUAAAAGGCAAAAUGUUCAAGGGCCUGUGUCUCUGCUAUGCCGUGGUGAUCAGCACCUUCUUCAGCGUCGCAAUAUCAGGCUACUGGGCAUUCGGAAAUCAAGCACAAAGCAGCGUUCUUUCCAACUUCUUCGCCUCAGAUGGCACCGUCCUCAUUCCCAAGUCCUUCUUCAUGACCAUCAACAUCUUCUCCCUAGUCCAAAUCUUCGCAGUCUCAGUGGUGUACCUUCAACCAACCAAUGAAGUGCUGGAGCAGCUCCUCUCAGACCCAGAGAGGCACCAAUACUCCCUACGCAACGUGAUUCCGAGAAUCAUUUCUCGGUCAAUAGUGGUCGCCGUCGGCACACUCGUCGCCGCCAUGAUUCCCUUCUUUGGUGAUCUCAUUGCGUUGAUUGGAGCAUUUGCAAUCCUGCCGUUGGACUUUGUGAUACCGGCGGUGAUGUAUAACGUGACCUUCCGACCGCCGGCGAGGAAGGUGAUCUUUUGGGUGAACACCACGAUCGCCGUUGUCUUCUCAGGGUUGACUGUGCUCGGCUGCAUUGCAUCUGUGAGGCAGAUAGUGUUGGAUGCCAAGAAUUAUGAGUUAUUUGCCAAUGUGUGAGGGAGCAUGAAAUUAUUUUGUUUGCUAUAUUAAGAAAUUGGUCUCCUAAGUUGGAGGGAAAGUGUGGAAUUCGCACAUAAGGACUGAUGUUGUUUG